GUUUUUGCAGCCCUAUUGUGCGGUAACAUUCACAUGUGCCGGCUGAUUUCUAGUUGAAAGAAAAUGUGAUAAGAAUAGAGCAAAUGUAAAUGAUGUAUAAAUGCAUAAGCAUAAAGACUUUAAUGCGUGCAACUGGCCAAUGCACAUGGAACCGGUUAGCUGCCUAUCGCACGCUAUGCACGACCUUGAUCAGGUCCUCAUCGGAUGCGGAGGCAACAACAACAACAACAAGCUCGACCUCCAGCUCUCCCUCCCCCUUGUCGCAGGAUGCACUGCAGCGUCAGUUCAAGGAGAUGCCUGUGGAACGCAUUCGCAACUUUAGCAUCAUUGCGCAUGUGGAUCAUGGCAAGAGCACAUUGGCCGAUCGUCUGCUGGAGCUAACGGGCGCCAUUUCCCGCAAUGCUGGACAGCAUCAGGUGCUCGACAGUCUGCAGGUGGAGCGGGAGCGCGGCAUAACAGUAAAGGCGCAAACAGCGUCCAUAUUCUACAGGCAUCACAACGAGCUGUAUUUGCUGAAUCUGAUAGAUACGCCCGGACAUGUGGAUUUCUCCAAUGAGGUUUCCCGGUCGCUGGCUGCCUGUGAUGGGGUCAUCCUGCUGGUGGAUGCCUGUCACGGUGUCCAGGCGCAAACCGUUGCCAAUUAUCACCUGGCCAAGCAGCGGGAUUUGACUGUGGUGCCGGUGCUCAAUAAGAUUGACAUCAAGCACGCCAAUCCGGAGCAGGUGACCAAGGAUAUGCAGCUGCUGUUUGGCAUUGAUCCCACGACAGUGUUGCGUGUCUCGGCCAAACUGGGAACUGGAGUGGAUGAAGUGCUCCAGCGAGUGAUUGAGAGGAUACCGCCACCGCGAGUGGAUCGGGAGAGCGCAUUCCGUGCUCUAAUCUUUGACAGCUGGUUCGACAAGUAUCGCGGUGCCCUCAAUCUCAUCUAUGUGCUAAAUGGGCGGCUGCAACAGGGACAGGAUAUCCAAUCCCUGGCCACCAAAAAGAUGUAUCCAAUCAAAAGCAUAUCCGUACUCUGUCCGGCAGAGUGUCAAGUGGACACGCUGUCCGCUGGCCAAGUGGGUCUCAUUGCCUGCAACAUGCGGAAUAGCAAGGAGUCCAUCAUUGGGGACACCAUCCAUCUGAAGCAUCAAUCCGCGUCCGCUGCCGGCAGCUAUAAGCCGCAGCAACCGCUUGUCUUUGCCGGCGUCUUUCCGGUGGAUCAGUCCAAGCAUGUGGCACUCCGCAGUGCCAUUGACAAGAUGGUUCUCAACGAUUCGGCGGUGACGGUCAAUGUGGACUCGAGUCCGGCCUUGGGACAGGGCUGGCGAUUGGGUUUCCUUGGCCUGCUGCACAUGGAGGUGUUCUGUCAGCGUCUGGAGCAGGAGCAUGGCGCCGAACCGAUAAUAACCGCACCCUCGGUCACCUAUCGGAUUGUGUUGCGCAAUCCCAAGUUGAUCAAACAGCAUGGCAAGCACACGCUGGACAUAUCGAAUGCCGCACUCCUGCCCGAACCCUCCAGCAUUGAGGAGUACUAUGAGCCGUUGGUGCUGGGCACGAUCAUCACACCCACGGAAUAUGUGGGCCAGGUCAUUGGCCUCUGUGUGGAUCGACGUGGACUCCAGCAGAGUUCCGUCAACAUUGACGAGUCGAGGAUUCUGAUGAAAUAUGUGCUGCCACUGAGCGAGAUCAUCCUGGACUUUCACGAUCGCCUCAAGUCCCUGAGUUCGGGUUAUGCCAGUUUCAGUUACGAGGAUCAUGGCUAUCAUCUCACACAAUUGGUGCGCCUGGACAUACAUCUGAAUGGGCGAGCGGUCGAGGAGCUGUGUCGCAUUGUGCACGCCUCCAAGGCGACGGGCGUGGCACGUCACAUGGUCUACAAACUGAAGGAUCUCAUUCCCCGCCAGAUGGUUCAAAUUGCCAUUCAAGCGUGCGUCGGCAGCAAAGUUCUCGCGCGCGAAACGAUUAAAGCCUAUCGCAAGGAUGUCACCGCUAAGCUGUAUGGUGGCGAUGUAACGAGACGCAUGAAGCUGCUAAAACAACAGUCGGAGGGCAAGAAGAAGAUGCGUCUGUUUGCCAACAUUCGCGUGCCGCACGAGACUUUCAUUGAUGUGCUGAAACGCUAACUUAGUCGAUAACACUGUUCACCAAAAAUGCUGCCUUAUCAUUUUCAUUUUUUAUUGCUGUAUGCUCUUUGUUUUUCUUG